AUGUCUGAUAUCAAGCGCUACCCUCAGAAACGACUCAUCGUUUGUUGUGACGGCACAUGGCAGGAUUCGCUCGCCGACGCGGCCCAACCGCCGUCCAACGUCACUCGCUUUAGCAGAGCGUUGAGCCGCCUUGCAGUCGUUGAAGGCGAAGAUGGGCAGCGACACGAGAUCCCGCAGAUCAUGUACUACCAGAAAGGCGUUGGAACCAGUCUCGGAGACAAAUACUGGGGCGGCGUGGCCGGUCUGGGCGUCAGCGCCAACGUCCGAGCAGCCUACGGCUUCCUGGCCGACAACUACACCGAGGGCGACAGGAUCUACUUCUUUGGCUUUUCGCGCGGCGCGUACACGGCGCGCGCAGUUGCCGGCCUCGUCUGCCAAUGGGGUCUGCUGACCCCGCGCGGCAUGGACAACUUUGCUCUUGUGUAUGAUGAUUUCUACAACCACCAGAUCACAGGGUAUACGCCAGAGAAGCGGAAGCGGAUGGGGUUCCGGGAUCCUCUGCCGCGGUUCACGGUCGAGAUUAUCGGGGUGUGGGAUACGGUUGGGUUUCAGAAGGCGUGGCUGGGCCGAGACUCGGGCGAGAAGCUGGAGCUGCGGAAUACGGUGCUGCACGAGAACGUGCGAUGUGCGUUCCAUGCGCUGUCGCUGGACGAGGAGCGCACGGCAUUCCAGCCCACGCUGUGGCAUAUCCCGCAUAAGAACGAGGGGCAGGAGCUGCUCCAGGUGUGGUUCUCUGGAGUUCAUACGGAUGUCGGGGGUGGAGGCGAGAACCCCCGGCUGUCGAACAUCACUCUGGCGUGGAUGAUCGCGCAGUGCCUGAAGCAUGGUCAGCUGAGCUUUGACAUUGACGAGUAUCUAUUCGAUGAUCCCCCGCUUGCGCAGGAGAGUGAGACGACUCCAUGGGCGACGAGUCUAGGGAAAGUCAAUCACAGUAGUCUAACACGAACCUUGCAGGGUGGAUUGGGAGGGACGUCAACUCGCACACCGCUGGGGUAUAACCUAGUUGGCAAAGAGUCCGAUAUCACGAACGAAGUCGUUCAUGAAUCUGUCCGGGAUCGCAAUCUCGCCAAGUGGCCUUGCGCCGCGCUCAAAGGACGCCAUGAUGGGAAGAGUUGGGAUCUGGCGUCUGGCAAGCAGAUCUUCGAGGUUCCUGCGUUGCCGACGGAAAAGUAUAUGAAGGGUCGCAUUCGGACUGUGCAUGUCACCGAGGAGGAUUAA